AUGGAUAAUUUCAAAGAUAUAGGACAUUAUUUCUGGUCAGUGAUCAUUCCUGUCCUCUGCAAGUUUGCUUCACAUAAUCUUUCAGCUUCUGCCAUUGCUUCUUGCUUUGGAAAGGUCAAUGGUAACAAAAAGCUCUCAGGAUAUAAAGCUGAGGAUAUGGCCGCAAGUCUUUUGAGAAAUUUCACGUACCUUAUUGCACAGAUAUCCUACCUUGUAGCUGCUCCCUUAGGGAUUAAGAGAAUCUGCUUUGGAGGUUCUUACAUUCGAGGGCAUGCCUCUACAAUGGAUAACAUUUCUUACGGACUGAACUUCUGGUCUAAAGGUCAAGUAGCAGCUGUGUUUUUGCAACAUGAAGGUUUCUUAGGAGCUGUUGGUGCACUCCUGAACUACAAGAAGAUCGAUCUUAACAUAUUAAUGCCACAGAAGCUCACUGCAUAUGAUUCUUCUAGACUUUCAGUCGUUGGUGAAGAAUUUCAUGGGAAAUUAGAGGAGAGAGUGGAAGAUCAUCUCAAUAGAGAGGUCGAGAUACUAAAAACUGAACUUGAUAGAUUACAAAAUGACAAGGCAACACUUGUUAAAACGUUAAAGAAUUUAGAAAGUAAACUAUGCAAACUAUGCGGUAGCUGUAGUAAACUAUGCAGUAGCUGUGAGACAAGCAACAUAAGCCAAUGAUGGUGAAAUUCCUAGAUGAACAAUAUGGAAUGGUGUUCCACAUAGAUGGCUGAAAGCUGAAAACCAUCAAAGAAGAAAGAUUCAACCAUGGCUUAAAAUUAUAACCGAGCUCCAGUGUCUACAGUUGAACCUUACAAUAUUGAUUACUA